AGGUCGGACGUGGUAGUUAUCGUCCUCGCUCGCCCAACACGCUCGCUCACGCCGCCGUCGGACUGUGUAGAGUGAGGGAGGGCUUGAGGGCCACGGCAAGUGUGGGGGCAUGGCAGGAUGUGGCCCGCGGCGGGGAUAGGGUGAAGGCCUCAUCUCAUGCAUAUAACGUGGGGUGCCGAAAUGACAUCACAAUGAGCUGUUUCGGUACACCCACUGGGCGGCCGUGCGUGCGUGUACAGGCCCGGGACAAAACUCGUGAUUGGUGAAGAAGUGAAUAAAAAAUAGAAAAUUAUAAAAAAAAAGAGAUAGAGAGAUAACGAAGAAAAAGUGAAAUUUGUUUGUUGAUGCUGAGUGUGUGAUGUUUGACUUUUGAUAUAUGUGGGUGAUUUGUGGAGAAAAGUGCUAAAUUAAUAAAUAAUUAUUCGUGUGAAUAUAAUUUAGUGGUGUAGUUCCCCCAUCCAAAGAUCCACCGAUAACAAACUUAAAUAAAUAAAGGAAAAAAAAUCAGUGAAAAAAUAAAUCAAAUUUGAUUGAAGUAAAAAUCAUUAUAAAAAAUAAUAAUUUUCAAAAUCAUAAAGCCUAACACCUUGAAAAGAACGUCCCGUGAAGUAAUUAAAUCGGAAGAGAGUAAAUUCAAAGCAUAUUACGAGCGUCCAUCUUCAUCGGCAACAUGGAGGCCCAUCGGAAGAUCCUGCUGCUCGUCCUCUGCUUAUUAGGU